GCCAGAAGGUUGUCAACUUGCUGAAUGCAAUCUGCAAGGUAGAAAACAAAGCCCCUCCCCUGAAGACAAAGGUAUAGCUGGAGCCAGAAAUGAUGUCACAAACACUGCUGAGGUCCAGGCCUCAGCUUUCCUCCCUGCCCCUUUCUGUCUCCUUAUUGCCACACAAUCUCCCCAACCAGCUGGUUCCUGCACACCUGCACACCCGAGGCUUCCCUCACCCUCAGGUUCUCUGGCACUUCCAGCUGACCAUGGCAUCAGAAGCGGAAAAAACGUUCCAUCGAUUUGUUGCCUUCGGGGACACAGCAAGCAGUGGCACUGAGAUGAACAACAAGAACUUCACCAAGCUGUGUAAAGACUGUAACAUCAUGGACGGCAAGAUGGUCACCUCCAAUUCUGUGGACAUCGUGUUUAGCAAAGUGAAGGCCAAGAAUGCCCGAACCAUCACAUUUCAGCAAUUCCAAGAAGCAGUGAAGGAACUGGGCCAGAUGCGGUUCAAAGGGACAAACCCAGAGGAAGCCUUGGCAGAAAUUUUUAAACUCAUGGAGGGCAAGGAACCAGCUACCACUGGUGUUACUAAACCAACGACAGCAGGCGCAGUAGACUGCUUGACAGACAUCAGUAAGUAUAUAGGCAGCCACAAGGAGCACUUUGACAAGAGUGGCAAGGGCAAGGGCAUCGCAGGACAGGAAGAGAAGGCCAACAACUCGGGCUAUGUGAGUGGCUACAGUGCUGGGACUUACGAUGAGAAGAGCAGCAAGUAGACAGGAGCCUCAUCUUAGUCCCCUGACCCUGCAUCUUUGUCACCAGGGACACGAGGAGACAAUAAACAUCUGUGUGUGGAGCAAAUAAUGAGCUUGGUUUAA